AUGUCAGCUACACGCUCCAAAGUCUUUUUCGAUAUAACCGCCAAUGGCGAGCCAAAGGGUAGAAUCGCCUUUGAAUUGUACAACGAUGUUGUGCCAAAGACCGCUGAAAACUUCAGGGCGUUAAGUACCGGUGAAAAAGGCGCCAGCAAUGUGUCUGGAAAGCCUCUCCACUACAAGGGCUCCAAGUUCCAUCGUGUGAUCAAGGACUUCAUGUGUCAAGGUGGAGACUUCACCCACGGAAGUGGGAUUGGUGGCGAGUCCAUCUAUGGCGAGAAGUUCGAAGAUGAGAACUUCAAGCUUCUUCACGACAAACCAUUCUUGUUGUCGAUGGCCAACGCUGGCCCAAAUACCAACGGAUCGCAGUUCUUUAUCACCACUGUGCCUACUCCCCAUUUGAACUCCAAGCACGUUGUGUUCGGUGAAGUGAUACAGGGUAAGUCUAUUGUGAGACAGUUGGAAAGAUGCGAAAAGGGUGCCAGCGAUGCUCCUGUCCAGGAGUGGAUCAUUGCUGACUGUGGUGAGUUGCCAAGUGACUACGUCCCAGAAGCUAGCGCAGGUGUCGACGACGGCACUGGCGAUGUCUACGAGGACGUUUUGGGCGACAACGACACCAUUGACGUGAACAGCCCCCAAUCCGUGUUCACAGCCGUGACUAGCUUGAAGGACAUCGGAACCAAAUUGUUGAAAGAAGGCAAGCUCGAGUUAUCGUUGGCCAAGUACAACAAGGCAUCAGGCUUCUUGGAGGAGUACUUUCCUGACGACUUGUCCAAGGAAGACUUGUCGACUUUGUACAGCAUCAAGUUGGCCUGCUACUUGAACGCAGCCUUGGUGGGGUUGAAGUUGAAGAACGGCAAGGCCACCAUCAAGGCUGCGUCCAGCGCAUUGGAGGUGGAGGAGAUCGACGACAAAUCCAAGGCCAAGGCCCUCUACCGUAAGGGAAUGGGCUACUUGCUUGCCAAGGACGAAGAGAGCGCCCAAAAGAACUUGGAGGAGGCGCUUGAAAUCCAGCCCAACGACGCUGCCAUUCUCCAGGGGUUGAAGGACGUCAAGAACACCAUCAAGGUGCGUCGCGAAAAGCAGAAGAAGGCCAUGUCCAAGUUCUUCUCUUGA